AUGCGGGAGGUCAACUUCAGUAUCCCCAAUGUCAACAAGGCUUCGGUCAAUAUCACCACCACCCUCUAUGACCGGCGUGCCCUCGAUUGUACAUCGACCCUCCCCCUGAUCAACUCUCUGAACCAUCUGGCCUAUCUCACUACAUCGUCCGCCCGGAUUCGCGAUAUCCUCACCGUCGAUGGCGGCAUCGAAAGACUGGUCUGUAUCCUCAAGGAGGGCCGGAGUAGAGAUCUGAUGGAGAUGUGGAAGUGGAGCCUCGCCUUCCAGUGUGUCGUCAACAUCGGGGUGCGGGGAUCUGAGGGCGUGAGGACGAGAGUCGUGGAGGCUGACAUGGUUCCGGUGAUUGCCACCAUCUUGGACAACUAUAUCAAGGUGGUGGACAAGGCGCGGGCGCGGUCGGACCCUGAGGCUCAGCGACACUCGUCGAGGCUCCAUCCCAAGCCCCGGCCCCGACCAUCGAAUCUGCCCCAACGGACCUCGCGCCGCCACGCGCCGCCCCCGAACAUCGAAAUCCCCCCGUUCCUGCAGGACACCCAGGCCCCCGAUUCGAAUGCCAUGGACGUCACGGCGUCUCCUCGCAUGCCGGUGACCUCUCCCCCCGAACGAAGCACUUUUGGCUCGGAUGCCCACACCCACAGAUCCCAGGAGGGUCGCCACCUCCACGCCGGUCACCGUCACCGUGCCAUGCAGCCGCUCGCCACGGCGCUGCCGCCGAUGGACACCGCCGAUGGGUUUGGCCUGCGCCCCAUCCGUGACACCGAACGACUGCCCAGCAUGCUUCCCGGUCUUCACAAUGGCUUUGCCUCUCAGCCCGACUCCCCGACAACCCCAAGUGGUCCCGUCCAAUCUCAGGGCAGCUCCCAGACCGUCGUCCCGAGAGAACGUCCGACCCUCAGACAACAGCAAUCAGCGUCCGGCGAGUCGGACGACGGCAACGGGGAAGGUUCGUCGGCCAUCGGCGACGAUGCCGGCUCCCGGGAGUCGGCUGAGCCGAUCGUUGGACUGCAGAACCGGAUGGAGAUUGACGAUGUGGGCGAGAGACAGACCGGGUUGCCCGGCGUGUCGAACACACAUGACCUGACGUUGACCGAUCCGUCUGAGGGUCAAGAGGCCGAGACCUUCAACAUCACCCACCAUUCCACGGUGGAUGGCAGCAUCAUUAACAACGACACCACCCAGACCAACGGCGGGCUCGGCUUGUCGCCCACGCAGGCGGUGAACAAUGGCAACUCCCCCGCCAUUGUCCCCAGUCCCUAUUCGCUGUACUUCCGGGAUCGUUCGGCCAGCCAGAGCGUCCUGACCACGAUCCCCCGGGACGAGGAUGUGCUGAUGUCCUUGCAACUCCUCGCCUACGUGUCCAAGUACUGCAACCUCCGGUCCUAUUUCCAGAACUCGCACCUGGUGCCGAAGCUCAAGGUCGACCGCGAGCUUCAGCUGCUGGAAGAGGGAACGUCGCCGGUCGACCUCCCGGAGGAAGAGGAUGAGUAUCUCCUCCCCGACGAUGUCAACAUCUUCCCUCUGGUCGAGAGGUUCACGGUUCGACACCACUCAAAGGAGAUGCAGUACUGGGCGUGCGUGGUCAUGAGGAAUCUCUGCCGCAAGGACGAGUCCCGGGGUGGCAUCCGCCAGUGCGCCUACUACAAGUGCGGCAAGUGGGAAGAAUUCCAACGCCAGUUUGCCAAAUGUCGCCGUUGCCGUCGGACCAAGUACUGCAGCAAGGAUUGUCAGAAGGCGGCAUGGGUCUACCAUCGCCACUGGUGCCACACCACGCCAUGA